AUGGCACGAGAGAAUGAGAAUUAUAAAAGUGACAUCGAGCUCACGGUACACGUGAGUCGAGGUGUUUUAAAAUUAAUCGGCGUUUGGCCACAUCGAGAAACUCGAGGGAGCAUAUUAAGAGGGAUUCUUAUAAAACUCUUGAGAAUCAUUUGUCACUUUCUAUUAUGUUUCAUCCUGAUACCCGGAUUAUUGAAUACAUUCCUAAAGGAAAAAGAUCCUCGUCGUAGAUUAAAGGCGAUAGGACCAAUGUGCAAUUGUCUGAUGGCUGUCUUGAAAUACACGAUGUUUCUUUAUCAAGGAGAAAAGCUGGAAGAUUGCGUGACUCGACUCGAGGAGGAUUGGAAACAAGUUGUAAGAUUGAAGGAUCGUCGAACUAUGUUAGAAAAGGCAAAAAUUGGCCGAAGUAUCGCGAUACUUUGCGUGGCUUUCGUUUACAUCAGUGGCUUCUCGUUUCGCAUAAUCGUUCCAUUAUCGAGUGGAACGAUUGUAAACGCUCGAAACGUUACGAUAAGACCUCUCGCCUUCUCUUGCUAUUUCGUUUUCUUCGAUCCUCAAAAAACGCCAGCUUACGAGAUCGUAUUCGCGAUACAAUUUAUGGCUGGUUUCGUAACUUACUCUAUAACUAGCGGUGCAUGUAGUUUGGCUGCUCUAUACGUUCUUCAUGCUUGCGGACAACUCGAGAUCCUUAUAAGAAGAUUGGAGGAGCUCGUUGAGAAUCCUAACGCGAAUACCGUCGCGCUCGAGGAAAAAUUAGCCACAUUGGUGAGACAUCAUAUAACGGUUAACAGCUUUUUAAAGAACAUCGAGGACGCCAUGCAACAUAUAUGUCUGGUGGAAGUGGUCGGUUGCACAUUGAUUUUAUGCCUUCUCGGAUAUUAUAUCAUAAUGGAAUGGGAAAAUAACGACACGGUAGCGAUGCUAACGUAUGCGAUAUUACUGAUCACUUUUACGUUUAACAUUUUUAUCUUCUGCUUCAUAGGAGAACUUUUAACAGAUCAGGCUACGAAAGUCGCAAACACGUCCUGCACGCUCGAAUGGUUCCGCUUACCAGGAAGAACAGCACGGUGUUUAAUUUUGGUAAUGGCGAUGUCGAAUCGACCGGUGAAAAUUACAGCUGGAAAGUUUUUAGAUCUUUCUCUCAACAGUUUUGGUACAGUAGUUAGAACGUCGGUAGCGUAUUUGAAUAUGCUUCGUACUACUAUGUUUACCAGGGGAAUCAUGCCGAUCGAACUGCAGAUAAAUAACUUUAAGAAAGAACAGGAAAAGAGAACAGGACAAGAGAAUAUCGUUGCUAGAAACAAGAGAUCCCUAAAUUAUUCUAUGAAAAUACCCUAUUAUAUUUUACGAGUUAUCGGUGUCUGGCCUAUUCGAACUGACGCAUCUCUGUGUGAAAGAUUUGGUAAUUAUUUGAUGAAAUGCAUCUGCUACUUUUUCUUCGCUUUCAUUUUGAUACCGGGAUUUCUUCGGAUUUUCCUUAUCGAAAAAAGUACACAACAAAAAUUAAAAAUAUUCGGACCACUUUGCUCGUGCUCGACGAACGCUAUGAAAUACAGUAUACUCUUGAUGUAUAGAGAGAAGAUCGAAACGUGUUUGAAACACAUAAGAGAAGAUUGGGAAAUGGUAGUUCUUUCGGAAGAUCACGAACUCAUGAUGUCUCAAGCUAAAAUCGGAAGAAUUCUUGCAACCAUGUCAAUUUGUUUUAUUUACGGUGCAGGAUUAUUUUAUCGUACCUUUCUACCGCUUUCCAAGGGCUCCGUCGUCGUCGGCAAUCACACGAUAAGACCCCUCGCUUGUCCAAGUUAUUUUGUAAUAUUCGAUGAGCAAAAAACGCCUGCUUACGAACUCGUAUUUUUUGGUCAAUUUCUUGGUGGCUUUACCGUUUAUACCGUGGGCAGCGGAGUUUGUGGAUUGGCAGCUUUCUUGAUUAUGCACGUUUGCGGCCAACUUCGGAUAUUGAUGAGAAAAAUGAACGACAUCGUCGAUGGUAAUUAUACCGACGAGAAGAAUCCAAAUAAACGCAUUGCCGAAGUCAUCCAUCAUCAAAUCAGAACAAGAAGUUUUGUUAAAGACGUGGAAGAAAUUUUGCAAUAUCCUUGCAUGGCCGAGAUAAUGGGCUGCACGAGCCUAGUUUGUCUCGUCUUAUACUAUUUGGUUAUGAUGGUCAUCAUUUAUAUUUUGAUUCAAAAGGAAUGGGAGGAUAGCGAUGCCACUGGUCUGAUAACUUUUAUUUUACUUUUCGUAUCAUUCGCUUUCAACAUGUUCAUCUUUUGUUAUAUCGGAGAACUUCUUUCGGAACAGGGUGCAAAGGUUGGAUUGACAUCCUGUACCUUAAAUUGGCAUUGUCUUCCUAUAAAGGAUACAAAAUCUUUGAUUCCAGUCAUACUUAUGUCUAAUUAUCCAGUGAAAAUCGUAGCCGGUAAAUUAAUGGAUAUGUCUCUCAGUAAUUUCAACAAUGUAAGUACGAUGAUUCAUCGUCGGCCUUGCCUGUAAAAAAAAAAAAAAAAGAAAAUGAACGAAUGCUUUAUUUCCUUUAGAUCAUCAAAACGGCCAUAGGAUAUUUCAAUAUUCUUCGAAACAGUGUUUAACGUGAUAUCAAACGGUGAAUAUUUUUCUAGCGGAUCAACGAAUUAAACAACGCCAAAUGUUUAUAUAUAAGUGUAGUGCAGAGAAUAAAUGACAAUAGCCACGAUAGAAAAAAGUUGUUCCGAAUAAAUUUUCCCGAUUCUUAUGGAAUUCGCCAAAUUAACCAACUUCGGAAUGAAUAUAAUCGAUGUUUCAAAGAAUUUAAAUUACCUUUAGAGUCCUUAAAUCUCUCUAAUUUUUUUCCUUUUAUUGAUCUUGAAGAGUAAAAAGUGCGACUCUUAUUAUUAGUUCAAAAUAAUAUCAAUCAAAAAUGAUACAAUAGAUG